CUCGUUUCCGCCCGCCGUCAUAAUAUUGCGACUCCUCGACCUCCAUUAGCGUUGACGCCCACUCCCUCCCUUUCACCUAAUACUCUCUUCGAGUCUUCUGCCUCCUCCGCCAAAUACCUCCGCUCCUUACCUUCUUCUCUUCUCACCACCAGAUACCCCUAAUCCACCAUGUCCGCCGAAAAGGAGUUGAAGCUUGACCCCAAGUACGACGACUAUGACUUCCCCUACAUCAGUCCCACCGACUUGAGCGGCCACCCAGGCCACACCACUCCCGAGCAGGACGCCCAGGUCGUCCAGCUCCGCGAGGCCCUCACCAAGGAUGGCUUCACCGACAGGCUGGAUACCCUGACUAUGCUGCGCUUCCUGCGCGCGCGCAAGUUCAACAUCGACAAUGCCAAGGCCAUGUUCGUCGACUGCGAGAAGUGGAGGAAAGAGUUCGGCGGCGGUGUCGACCAGCUCGUCAACAACUUCGAGUACCCCGAGAAGGCCCAGGUCUUCGAGUAUUACCCGCAAUACUACCACAAGACGGACAAGGAUGGCCGUCCCGUCUACAUUGAGCAGCUCGGCAAGAUCGACCUGAACGCCCUCUACAAGAUCACGAGCGCCGACCGCAUGCUUCAGAACCUUGUCGUCGAGUACGAGAAGCUCGCUGACCCCCGUCUGCCCGCCUGCUCUCGCAAGGCCGGCAAGCUCAUGGAGACCUGCUGCACCAUCAUGGACCUGAAGGGCGUCGGUAUCUCCAAGGCCAGCUCCGUCUACGGCUACGUCCAGCAGGCGUCUGCCAUCUCCCAGAACUACUACCCCGAGCGUCUGGGCAAGCUCUACAUCAUCAACGCCCCCUGGGGUUUCUCGGGUAUCUUCAGCGUCAUCAAGCGCUUCCUCGACCCCGUUACCGUCAGCAAGAUCCACGUUCUCGGCUCCGGCUACGAGAAGGAGCUGCUCGCCCAGGUCCCCAAGGAGAACCUGCCCAAGCUGUUCGGUGGCUCUUGCGACUGCGCUGGUGGCUGCGCCUUCAGCGACCAGGGCCCGUGGCAGGAGGCCGAGUGGUCCAAGACCCCCAAGUGGGCGCAGAAGAAGGACAACUCUGCCGCCAUCCAGGACAACCCCACUCUCACCCAGGCCGGUGCCACGACUGAGGGUGCCGCUGUUCCCGCGGGCAGUGCCCCCGGUGUUGAGGCGGAGGCUGCUGCUGCGGCCGCUCCUGCUCCGCAGUAAGCUAGUUUUUCAACCUAGUCUCAUGCAUCGGUGUUUCGGGGGUCGGGUGGUCAUAGACAGAGGAGCGUGCUUAUCGAGGAUUAUUACAUUAUUCAUGCACACAUUGCCGCGUAGAUGGAUGGGAUGAGCGCGGCCGGGUCUUGGAUUGCUGAAAUGUGCUAGCAAAACUACAUACAAAUUAUCGGUCUAGUGCAGGUGAAGAUACCUGCGACCAAAUGGACUCUUUUACAAUAUUCCUGUGUACAUCGGGACAAAUGCCCGCAUCAAAAUCGCUUUUAAUGUCAAGUAUUUCGUAC